AUGUCACCUUUAGCAUAUGUUGUGGUUGUAACCCUGUACUCACAUGAUGAUGAAGAUGAUGAUGAUAAUGAUGAAGGUUGAUGUUGAUGAUGAUGGUGAUGUUGAUGAUGAUGUCAGAGGGCAGGGCAAGCGUUCAGAGGAAUCAGGAGAGAAUGAGUCGCAUCAGGCAGCUGAAGGAAGAACUGCACAAAGAGGAGAUCAAAUUACAGGAACCUGACCAAUCACAGGCCAUGAGCACGGUGGAUUAUGAGAAAAUCCUGGAGCGAAGAGCGAGACUGAAAGAGACUCACGAGAGACUGAUUGAGAAUGAACUGAUGAAGAUGGAGAGAGAGCUGCAGGAGGAGCAGGCUGGAGGUGUCGAGGGAGAGAUUUCAUACCUGCGCAGAGAGAGACUCGUCCUGGUUCUUCAGAUAGAGACUCUCCGCAGGGAGAACCAGCAGGCGUAUGCAGAUCUGGAGCAGCAGAACCAGCGACACCAGCAGGAGCUCAACCUCCUCCGAGAAGAGAGUCUACAGGUGUUUAGGGCGUUUCGUGAUGUUCUGGAGGAGCAGAAGAGGAUGUCGGAGAGCAGAUACAGGACUCUGCUGAUAGACGCCAUUCAGGACGCGGUUCAUCUGUCUUCACAAAACCUGCAGCUCCAUGAGGAAAUCCAGCAGCUCCGCAAAACAUCUCAAUCCCAGUGAAUGACACUAACAGGGGUAAAAUAGAGAGUUACACCUUUUCCAAAAUCAAACUGAAGCGCUUUGCAGGUGUAUUUUCUAAACAUAUCCUGGAUUUUACAAGUGUAGCAAACUACAUUUUUAAAUACAGCGGUGUGAAAAAG